UUUCUGGCACAGAGCUCUCUCUCUCUCUCUCUCUCUCUCUGUGCGAGCUGAAACCCAUUGGAGAUGGGAAGAGCUCCUUGCUGCGCAAAAGUGGGGCUGCACAGAGGGCCAUGGACUCCUAAAGAAGAUGCAUUGCUUACCAAGUACAUCCAAGCUCAUGGCGAAGGCCAAUGGAGAUCCUUACCAAAACGAGCUGGGCUUUUGAGGUGUGGGAAAAGUUGCAGGCUGAGAUGGAUGAACUAUCUCAGACCAGACAUAAAGAGAGGCAACAUAACGCCCGAAGAAGACGAUCUCAUCAUUCGAAUGCACUCGCUUCUCGGAAAUCGAUGGUCUCUCAUCGCAGGAAGAUUGCCCGGCAGAACAGAUAACGAAAUCAAGAACCACUGGAACACCCAUCUCAGCAAGAGGCUUCGCAACCAAGGAACCGACCCCAUCACUCACAAGAAGCUCUCGUCCCUUCCAGCUUCCCCAGAUCGUAAUCACGCUUCCAGGAAGAAACUGCCCAGGAAGAAGAAGAAAGGCAAGGCGCGUGAGAAUGGAGCGCAGGCAGAGAAAGAUGAGUUGGAGAAGAAGACGAUAGUGUAUCUGCCCAAGCCCAUCAGGAUCUCGGCCUGCUUGUCUUCUUCGAUUCCCCGGAGCGAUAGUAACCAGAACUUGAACUCGUUUGAUUCCAACUCGGCCAGCGGAUCUACCAGCCAAGAGAAGAAAGGGAACGCCUGGGGAGAGAAUAAUAACAACAAUAACUAUAGUGAUUAUAAUUAUAAUUAUACUUAUUGUGGUGACGAAGAAGAUCAGGGGUUUGUGGGGUUGCUCGAGGAAGAGCAUGAGCUGGUCAACGGGUCUGACAUGGAGGGGCAGUCGGAGUUUCCAACGUCGGCGGAGCAGCACGGGACGCUCGAGAAGCUGUACGAGGAAUACUUCCAGCUCUUGAAUAACCAAGAAAGCCAAGAGGAACUAGAGUCUUUUGCUGAAUCCUUGCUGGUUUGAUCCAUAUUAAGAUGCAAAUAAUCAGGUUAAUAUCUCAGAAUAAAAUAUGGACUAGCUAGCUAGCUUACGUGUUAAUAUGGAACUUACAGUUUCCCUCCUCUCCCUCCAAUUCUCUCCUCCCUUUCUUUUUAUUUUUUGGGGACAUUUUGGAAAAUUAAAGUAAAUAAGAAAUAAUAAUGUCAUGUGAAAUCUGAAAAUUAAAGGAAAUGCUUCGCGUGCUCA